UGGAGCCCACCGAGGGCGGCUGCAUGCUUAGCAACUCUCAUCAGUCUUUCUCAGGCCCUGAAGAGAGGGUGAGUUCAUCUAAUUUAGGUGAGGAGGAAGGGUAGACCGUCUCGUCCCGCGGCCAUGGCGCUGGACGUAGGAGGAGAUAUCAAAAGGGGCACACCUCCCCGCUGAAGCACUCGACGCAGGUCCCAUUGUGUCAAACUCAUCCGCCAACAAACUCGCUCUUGCCCACCAUGCACACCCCAACCCUCCUCCUGCGAACGGCCCUCGCCGCCCUCAUCACCCUGCACACCUUCCCCGGCAGCAGCCAACUGCACAAACUCGCGCAGCAAGCAGGUCUCCUCUACUUUGGCGCCGCCACCGACACGCCGGGCCAGCGCGAGCGGGCGCCAUACCCGCAGUCGUACGCGCAGUACGACGCCAUCCUGGCCGACCCGGACGAGUUUGGCCAGACGACGCCGACCAACGGGCAAAAGUGGUUGUUUACCGAACCCUCCCCGGGCGUCUUCAACUUCACCCAGGGCGACUACGUGGCCGAGCGCGUCGCGGAUGGCGGCAAAAAGAAACUGCUCCGCUGCCACGCCGCCGUGUGGCAUAACCAGCUCGCGCCCUGGGUGAUGAUGGACGGGAAUGCAACCGUUACGUGGACGAAGGAGAGUCUGGCUGAGGCGGUGCAGAGGCAUGUGAGUGGCGUCGUGGGGUAUUAUAAGGGGAAGUGUUAUGCCUGGGAUGUGGUUAAUGAGGCGCUUGAUGAGGAUGGGACCUACCGAAGGAGUUUGUUCUAUGAGGUGCUUGGGGAGGAGUAUUUGAAGCUGGCGUUCGGCGCGGCGGCUGAGGCGGAUCCGGCUGCUAAGCUGUACUACAACGAUUACGGCAUUGAGAGGCCCGGGUCGAACAAGACGGCGGGUGUUAAGAGGCUGGUAAGGAUGCUUAAGGAUGCGGGCCUGCGUGUGGAUGGUAUUGGGAUGCAGGCGCAUUUGCAUGCGGAUAACCACCCGUCCAAGGACGACCUGCUGCAGACUAUGAAGGGGUACGCGGAGCUGGUGGACGAGGUGGCUUUUACUGAGCUGGAUGUGAGGAUCAGGCUGCCUGUUGAUGAGACCAAGCUGGCGAUGCAAAAGGAGUGUUACCAAAAGGUGGUGGCGGCGUGCGUCGAGACGGAGAAGUGCGUGGGGAUUACCGUCUGGGACUUUUAUGACCCCUUCAGCUGGGUGCCUGAUGUCUUCCCGGGCUAUGGCGCGUCGCUGCUGUGGUUUGAGGACUUCAGCAAGCACCCGGCCUACGAUGGCAUGGUGGAGACGUUUAAGAGCCUGAUUGCUGCGAAUGGAACGGCGACGAAACGGAAGGUGUAAGGGGGUGAAAGUUGAGAGCCUAGGCUAUCUGUUAGUGCAGCGAGAAUUUCACAGCCAAAAUUCAUCCUCCCGACUACACC